UGAAAAGACUCGGGAUACCACCCGAAUUCCCACAUGAGUGAUUUCACACCUCUACCUCAAGACAUCGGACACGCAGAAGAGAAAGGCGUCACAGUUUUUACACUGCGACGAUAUCCAUUUACUAUCCAUCGCAGCCUCUAAACUGCUGCAAUAUCACCGUAACUUAUAUACAUUUCUAUGAGGUAAAUAAUAUGGCAUUGAGAAUCAGAGGACAGUCGGGCAGUAAUGUUUUACUCGGAUGUUUUAUCAUUUUAAGCACCGCACUGUGUCCUGCCGGUGCUUAUCUCUACAACAACCGCUAUGCUGGUGAUCAAGUGUUCAGAAUAAACCCUAUAAACAACACAGAGGUUCAAGCAGUCAAACAGCUUCUCCACAACCUGACGGUGGAUCUUUGGCAGCCCAACAGUGCAUCGUUGAUUCGAGAGAACAGCUCAGUAGACGUUCAUGUGGGUCGAAACAAGACACAAUGGUUGAAGAGACAUCUUCACCAGGCACACAUCAACUAUGAGGUGCUUAUUUCCAAUCUCCAAACAUUAAUUGAGAAACAGACCGGAUAUCGCUCCACCAGGAAGCGUCGAUCGGAAUUCCAGUAUGACUAUGAAGUGUACCAUACUUUGGAAGAGAUCCAAAGCUGGAUGUUUGAGAUGAACAGGACACACCCAAAUCUUGUGGACAUGUUUUCUAUUGGACGUUCAUACGAGGGACGUCCCCUCUAUGUGCUCCAGUUAGGAAAGAGAACACGGCCCUAUAAGAAGUCAGUGUGGAUAGACUGUGGAGUGCAUGCGAGAGAAUGGAUUGGUCCGGCUUUUUGCCAGUGGUUCGUGAAAGAGGCACUGAACUCCUAUCAACACAACUCAAUCAUGAGGCGGCUGAUGAAUCAGCUCAGCUUCUACAUUAUGCCCGUCUUCAAUGUGGACGGUUAUCAUUACAGCUGGAGGACUGACAGAUUCUGGCGGAAAACACGGUCAAAGAUUCCCAAGUAUCACUGCAGGGGAGUGGAUCCCAACCGGAAUUGGAAAGUCAAAUGGUGUGAUGAGGGGGCCUCCCAGCAUCCAUGUGAUGACACAUACUGCGGUCCAUAUCCCGAGUCUGAGCCGGAGGUCAAGUCCGUCGCCAAGUUUCUACGCAAGCACAAAAAGCGCAUCAAGGCCUACAUCUCAAUUCAUGCCUACGCUCAGAUGCUUCUCUAUCCGUAUUCAUACAAAUACGCCACUAUCCCAAAUUUUAACUGUGUGGAGGCAGCUGCCCAGAAUGCAGUAAGUGCCCUUUACUCGGCUUAUGGAGUGAGAUACAGAUACGGCCCUGCCUCCACCACACUGUAUGUAAGUUCUGGUAGUUCGAUAGACUGGGCCUAUAAGAACGGGAUCCCGUAUGCCUUUGCUUUUGAGUUGCGUGAUACAGGAUUUUACGGCUUCCUCUUACCAGAAACCUUGAUCAAUCCCACCUGCACAGAAACCAUGAGAGCAGUAAAGACCAUCGCCUCAGGCCUUCUGAAGAAGUGCACCAAAUGAACCUUUAUACAUUCUCGACAUCUGUCCUCACUUGCCAUAAGCCAUAGCAACAUAUCUAUACUAGGCAUCUACAAACGUGCCUGUAUUUUUCAUGUACUGUAUGUAAGUAUGCAGAGGAGAUAUUUUUAUUGGAAGCUAUACAUUUUAUUUAAUGAACCUACAUUUAAUUGUAAAAAUAUUAACAGUAAAGAUAUAACAGCACUUGAAUUGUGAACUAAAUCAUUAUCUUAUUAGAGAUGAACACUUGCUAUAUAGACAAAGUUCAAUGGGAAUGUAAAUAAUGCAUGUUGUUAUGUCACAAUAGGUAUAUUGUCAUAUAUAUAUAUAUGUUCUGUACAGUCAAGAGGUAUGCAUUAAUGCAGCUACAACACAGCUUUGAUCUUGUUUAAUAUGGUACAUAAAAAGAGAACUUGAUAGCCUUUAUGAGGCAGACAGAAAAUACAAAUUGUAUGCGCCUUUGUUUUUACUGCAAAAUAUAAAAGUAUUAUUAACUGUAUAAGGACAAUAAAUGUUUUCAUUUGCAUUAAAAGGUACUGUCAUGUGCUAGAAUUAACAUAAUGCAGUAUUUUUGUUUUAUUACUAUGUAUUUAUUUAUGAAAAACAUCUAUUGCUAUACAUGAAUUGUCUUCAUACAUGGCGAUGGGGAUUUUUUCUAUUUACCAGUGUUGUAGACUACCUAAACUGAGACCAAGACCAGAUGUUGACGAGACCAAGACUUUGAGAGGUCGAGACCAAGACAUGGAUCAAAACAUGAAUGAAAUUACAUCUUAGAUAUUGUGGGCCUUUGUAUCAAUUUUGUUGACAGAUUUCUUUUUCAAGACGAGUACUACAACACUACUACACAUACAUUUUAUCUGACUAUACAUUUUUUCAACAUUAAAUGUGGCUUUAUCAUAAUGUAAUAAAUAUAACACAUAAUAUAUGAAAAUAAUUUAACAUUAUAUUAUGAAUA